AUGCCUGUCGCGCUUGGGGACGAUCUCGUGUAUUCGCCAAGGCCCUUGGCGUCAGCCGUCGUUGCCCCUCCCGCUGUAUCGGCACCAGCUCCGGCGCCUGCGGGGAUGUCGCCCCCUCCCGAUCCUGUGUCUGCGCCGUCGCCUGUGCCUCCUGCUGACCUGGCCCCUGCACCUCUUGUGGCGCCACCCCCUGCCGUGGCGUCGUCGUCCGCGCCUGCUGUGGUGAUAGCCCCUGCUCCUGAAGUGGCGCACCUGGGAGCACGCGGUGUGGCGUCUGCUCCUGCGCCUGCUGCGGCGACUGCACUGGUGCCGGCAGCCGCGUCUGCUCCUGCGCCUGCCGCGGCACCUGCUCUGGCGCAACCUCCUGCGCCCGCUGCUGCGGCUUCGUAUGCGGCUGCUGUGGCGGCCUCCGUGCCGCCACAGGCUGCGCCCGCCGGGGCGCCUUCUGCUGCUGCUGCUGACCCGUCUUACCAGCCGCCUCCAGCCACCAGCACCGUCCUUCUAGAAACUCUCUCUCUCUCUCUCUCUCUCUCUCUCUCUCUCUCUCUCUCUCUCUCUCUCUCUCUCUCUCUCUCUCUCUAA